AUGGAUCUGAGUGAGGUUAUUUCCACUCACUGUCAACGCUACUUUGACAACCAGCCGCUUUCUCCCAACGCGUGGUCGCCCUGUUGGCGUGACUACCAACCUGGUUUGGUUGAGUGUUCCGGUGAGGAACACAUGCCCGAGGACUUAUUCGACUACUACAUUUUGGUUGAAUCUUUGAUCAACGCGGACUCUGAGGGCUCCGCCUCCGGUCAGGACGGCGGGAGCUCCAACUCCUGCUCUUCUGAGUUCGACUUCGGCAAGCAUUUGUCCGACAUUCUCCGGUCCAUAAAAUUCCAGGACUCUGUUGCGGGUGAUUCGAAAUCCUCCGCUUCUGGUGCUUCUGUCAAGGACAUCAACUGGUCUGACUUCGAGACUAGCUUUUUGGCCAAGGUUCAGAGCCGUAUUUCUGACAGGCCUAACAAGGACUCCAAACCUGACCUUAUCUCCCAGCUUAUGUCUGACUGGGACUUGAAGAACGGCGUCUCUUUGAAGGGCUCAGGCCUCGAGCCUGACUACAAGGACGGCGGGCUUUACACUGAGUGCAAGCAAUGCAGCGGCAAGCUUUCCAACGCCAGCUGGUCCACCAAGAGCAGCCCUUCUCACUCCAAGGACUUUUCUAACGCAUUUGUCAGCGGCAAUAACUCCGCUCUCCCUCGCGUUGUUGACGGCGUCGAGACCAGACUCAACAGCUCCAGGGGCUCUGACAAGUCUACCAACAGGACUAAAUUGGCUGGCAACGCUCCACCCGUCUCUCACAACGGCUUCAGCAUCGUCAGCGACUCAAAGACCUCUCUCGUGAACGGCUUCAGCGGUGUUAACGGCUUCGGCGCCAGUGACCUAAAGAACUCUCUCGCGACCGGCUUCGACUACUCUGGGAUGGGUUCCAACGUCUUAGUGGACAACGGUGCGAUUGGCUUAAACAACUCUCUCGUGAACGGCUACAAGACUGUUAGUGGCUUCAACAGGGUUAACGGCUCAUCUCGGAACUUGGGGUUCAGCAACUACUCUCCUAUGAGGUCGAAACACGCGAACGGGAACAACUUUGGGAAGAAGGGCAACGGUCAAUCUUUCAGGAACCAGCUCGUCGGCAACCCUGUGGUCUACAGGCAGGUGCUAAACAACCAGCUUCUCAACUCCCAGUUCGUCCCCGGCCAGAUGAUGGGCGCUCCCAACUUGUUCAACGUCCCCUGCUUCAACCCAGGCUACGGGGGUGUCGCCUACGGCGGCGACUACUUCGUCGGUGCCCACUACCUCAGUCCCCAUGCCUACGUCCACUCCGACUUCGUCGGCAGCCCCGCCUUCGUUCACGGCGGCUACUACGAUAACUUCCGCUACUCCAGGCCCGGGAAGCCUGUCUCCAAGCCUCACUACCACUACAAGCCGUUCAAGAGCAGGCCCGUUCGCAAGAAGAAGGGUAAGCACGACUUCUACGCUGCCCCUUCUCUUAAGGGCGCCGAGUUCGAGCGUGCAACCGAGUUAUUGAGGCAGACUCUCCUCUCUCUCUACCGGGACCAGAUUAUGCCAGUCUACUUCAACGUCAGGGGCCGUUUCCUUGAGUUCAACAAGGACGAGAUUGCGCCCGAGCACAUAAUCGACGUCUGCAUCAGGAAGUCCGACGUGUUCAGCGUCGUCUCGAACGGGUCUCUGAACGAGACGUACAUCUACCUCGUCGACGAGCCUGAGUGGUUCGUCGGCUGGGUCGACAGGAACGACCUCACUGACCACUACAGCACCGAGGUCUGGGAGCAGUUCUUCGACUUCAUAAAGGGCUACAGGGACGAGGAGGGCAACGAGCAGUUCCCCGGCAGCAUCUACGGCAUGAGCAAGGUAAUGCGUCAGCUGAAGCUUCCCUUCAUCGAGGGCAUGAGUCUCGGGACCAUCUGCCACAUCAUCCAGCUGGCGAUCCGGCUAAAGAACUUCCUCUUUUACGAGGUCAAGGCUCUCAAGCCCACUGAGACUGUCAAGAACAACGAGUUUCGCGACAUUGUCGACUCUCUGCCUAAGGUGGACCCUGGCAAGUCUUCCUCUGCCUCUAAGGACAAGUUAUCUCCCACGACCAGCAAGAGCGCAAUUUCUACCGACAGGACCGGACUAAAACGUGUAAAUGAAGGAGUUUAA